AUGUCAGAGGGCGACGAGGAGGGCGGCGAAGGCGGCGACGAGAAGCAGGCGGGCGGGCUCGUGCUGGAGGGCGGCGUGAAGCCCGCGGAGGAGCUCGACGCGGAGGAGGUGCAGCGGAUGGAGCUGGGCGGGAUCGACGACGUGACCAAGGUCGCGAAGCUCGAAGGCAGCAAGCGCAUGGCAGACAUCCUCAAGGAGAUCGAGAAGUACCAGGCGCAGCCCUCGCCCGCGGAGCAGAUGGCCCUGCCCGCGCACUCCAACCCGGAAUACAACGUCAUCGUGCAGGCGAACAACCUCUCCGUCGACGUGGACAACGAAAUCCUCGUCUUUAUCCGAGACCAUUACGCCCCAAAGUUCCCCGAGCUCGAGCAGCUCGUCGCGGACCCCAACAUGUACAUCCGCGCGGUCCGCGUGCUCGCGAACCACGAGGACCCGACCAAAGCAGACCUGCAAGGAGUCCUGCCGCCCGCGGUCAUCAUGAGCGUGCUCGUCACGGCGACAACGACCUCCGGCCAGCCUCUCACAGAAGCAGCAUGGAACACCGUAGAACGCGCAUGCGACCUCGCCGACCGCCUCGAGGAGGCCCGCAAAAAGAUAUUCAUGUACGUGAGUUCGCGUAUGAACAUGCUAGCGCCCAACCUAUCAGCCAUCGUCGGGACCACCACAGCCGCGAAACUCCUCGGCGUCGCCGGCGGGCUCGCCGGGCUCGCGAAGAUGCCCGCGUGCAACGUCCACCUGCUCGGCGCGCAGCGCAAGAUCGCGGCGGGGUUCUCGUCGGCGACGCAGCGCCGCCACACGGGCUUCGUGUACCAGUCCGAGCUCGUGCAGCAGACGCCGGCCGAGUACCAGCUGAAGCUGCAGCGCGCGGUCGGCGCCAAGAGCGUGCUCGCCGCGCGGAUGGACCUCGAGCGGCGGCGGCGCGACGGCGGGUACGGCGACGAGCUGCGCGACAAGAUCGAGAAGCACCUCGACCGCCUGACCGCCCCGCCGCCCUCCAAAGUCGUCAAGGCGCUCCCCAUCCCGAACGACGGCCCCAAGAAGCGGCGCGGCGGCAAGCGCGCGCGCAAGGCGAAGGAGGCGUACGCGCAGACGGAGCUGCGGAAGCUCUCGAACCGGAUGGCGUUCGGCGAGGCGGAGGAGGAGGUCGGCGCGUUCGACCAGACGAAGGGGCUCGGCAUGAUCGGCGGCGGCACGGGCAAGGUCCGCGCGAGCAUGGGCGAGGCGAAGUCCCGCGCAAAAAUGUCCAAGGCGAACAAGCUGCGCACCGCGGCGCUCACGCGCGCCGCGCAGUCCUCGCAGGCGUCCGGCACGGCGUCGUCCCUGGUCGUCACGCCCGUGCAAGGCUUCGAGCUGACGAACCCCGCUGCGGCGGCGCAGCGCGUCAAGGAGGCCAACGACCGGUGGUUCGCGGGCGGCACGUUCUCGUUCGUGGGCCAAAAAGGGUCAGGCUAGCCUGUUCGACUGCACCGUUCACCUACCCCUGUACUCUAUCAUUUGCUUUUCAUCUGCUCCCACACGUUUCGCGGAUCGAGAAAAAGGUGCAUGCG